AUGUGGGUAAUAGAUGGGUGGCCAAAAGAAGCGCAUAAGUCUCAAUUCUUUAGAUAUUACAUUUGCAUUUUGGAUAUGGUAUCCCUGAUACCUGGCACGCUUUACCUCAAAAUCAACACUGGGAAGAUACCAUCUUUCGAGUUGGGUCACACUUACAUCACCGUGUUUAUGAAUGCUAUCGCCGCCUUAAGAACGGUGCUAGUAUUGACCAGAAACUACAACGAAAUCAUAUUCUAUUUUCUGAAAGAAGUACAUCUUUUCAAUUUCAGACGUAAAUCUAAGUAUGCUUAUGAGACUCAUAUACUGGUCCAUAAAAUAUCUCACUUCUUCACAAUGUACGUGUUUAUGUUGAUGUGUUGCGGCAUAUUGCUGUUCAACCUGACUCCUAUCUACAACAGCUAUGCUGCAGGCAUGUUCAGAGAUGAGCCGCCUCCAAACGCCACGUUCGACCACGCUGUAUAUUUUGCCCUGCCUUUCGACACCUCAACUAGUUUCAAAGGCUACGCUAUUGUUUCCUUGUACAACUGGUACAUUUGUAUAACCUGCUCCACAUAUUUCUGUAUUAUUGAUCUGACUAUAUUUAUAAUGGUGUUUCAUCUAUGGGGUCACAUGCGCGUUUUGUCCUACAAUCUCGAGAACUUCCCAAAGCCGGCCUCGGUGCUCGCUGCGGCAAAUGAUACUCAUGCGUACACAGCAUGUGAGAACAAAUACAAUGAAGAAGAAUUAGUUGAAGUAUUUAUUCGCCUGCGGGAUUGUAUUCAAAUCCACAGUCUUGUUAUCAACUUCUCAUCAAUGAUGGCCGAUAGUUUCGGGUGGACUCUUUUGGUGUAUUUAUUCUUUCAUCAAGUGAGCGGAUGUCUCUUGCUCCUGGAGUGCUCACAGCUGGAUACAGCAGCAUUAGCUCGAUACGGACCUCUCACUAUAAUUAUCUUUCAGCAGUUAAUUCAGUUGUCCGUUAUUUUUGAGCUGAUUGGGUCAUCAAAUGACAGAUUAAUAGAUUCCGUGUAUAGUGUGCCCUGGGAGUACAUGGACACUGCAAAUCGAAAGAACGUGUUUGUCAUGUUAAGGCAAUCUCAGCGAUCUAUGAAUCUGAAGGCAUGCAGCAUGAUUACUGUCGGUGUCCAGACUAUGAUAGCGAUUUUGAAAACUUCGUUCUCGUACUUCGUGAUGCUGAGAACAGUUGCUGAUGAGGAAGAAUAA